AUGGAAGUCUGCAUAUUCUUUCUUCAAGCUAUGAUACUUCUCCCAGGUAUUGCUGCCAGAGUGCAUCAGGUGAAGUCAUUUCUCAAUCACGCUGCAUACUUAUCUUGCUAUUUUCCAAACUCUCAGAAAACUGACAUAAGGAGUGUAAUAGUUUUUUGGCAAAAAGACGCUCUUGAGGUGGUGCAUGAAGUAUACUAUGGCCAAGAAAAACAUGAUAACCUUAGUCCUAAAUAUAUAAAUCGCACCAAGAUGGAUAUGGAGAAAUGGACCUUGCAAUUGUUACAUGCAGGAAUUGUGGAUGAGGGACAGUACACAUGUAUUGUACAGCAGAGAGAUAAAGGAUCACCAAAGAUCAUACACAAAUCUGAGUGCUUACUGAGUAUCAUUGCCAACUAUAGUCAACCUGAGAUAGCAUGGCUGCACGCUGGGGAACUAAAGCCCAACGAAUACUUGAAUCUUUCCUGUUCUUCCAGCGGAGGUUAUCCAGAGCCCAAGCAGAUGACUUGGCUCAUUUCAUAUGAAAACAGAACACACAGGCAUAUUUGUCCCAUGGAUCUAUCACAGGAUGCUGUAACAAAGCUGUACAAUGUUACCAGCAAGCUGAAUAUUCCAGUUCCUACAAACACCCUCACUAAUAUCAGCUGCUUGCUUUAUCUUGGAGAGCAGCUGGGAAGCCUUGUCUCACUGCCAUUAGGUAUAGAGAUAAAGAUGAAAGAAAUGGAGCAAGUGAAGAUAAAUUUCUUUGGCCCACUUAUAGCUGCGAUUAUACUGAUCACACUUCUUCUGGGUUUUGUGAUAUUGAGGAAGAACAGAAAUACCUCCUCUACCAACCAGAGUGUCAGUCUAGCAGUCUAGAAGCUACCCAG